AUGGACUCAUCUACUUCCAGCCAACAUUUGGUUCUCCAGCCAUUCUGGGAUUACUUGCUUACAGAAUUUGGUGACCAGGUGAAGAGCCCCAUUUUCCCCGUCUUGCUUGCAUUCUCUGGCUAUCUAUGCUUCAGUUUCCCAUUUGCUGUUAUAGACAUCCUGGGAGAGCGAUGCCAAUUUUUCUAUCAAUACAAAAUUCAGAAGAACAGUCAACCAACAAUAAGGAUGAUGUUUCUCUGUCUCUGGAAGGCUGUGUUUAACCAUGUGAUGUAUAUCUUUCCAACUGUAUUUCUGAAUUGGCUGUGGAUGCCACCAGUAUCCUUACCCAUGAGUGCUCCUUCGGUUUGUACUCUUCUUGGAGAGAUCUUGGGAUGUCUAAUUUUAUUUGACUUACAAUAUUUUAUAUGGCAUGUACUCCACCAUAAAAACCAGUGGUUAUACAAGAAGAUCCAUGCUGUUCACCAUGAAUAUACUGCACCAUUCUCAUGGUCUAGUCAGAACCUCAGUGGCUCUGAGUUGAUGACUGUUGGUUUGUGGAGUACCAUGAAUCCCAUUCUAUUAGGAUGUCAUCCAUUGACAUCAUGGACUUGCAAUCUACUUAGCAUCUGGAUGUCUGUAGAUGAUCAUAUAGGGUAUAAUUUUCCCUGGUCCCUUUACCAUGUAUUCCCCCUUGGUUUAUAUGGAGGUGCUCUAGCUCAUGACUUGCAUCAUCAGAAACCAAGAACAAACUUUGCUCCUUUUUUUCGACAUUGGGACUUAAUUUGUGGAACGGCUUGCUCUAUUAAUGAAAAUGCCUAA